CCGUGGAGGGUGGGGGGGGGUUGAGGGGGGGGGGAGCGGAACCGGGGCGGGCCCGGGGCGGGCUCGGGGCGGCUCCGGGAGGCUCCGGUAAAGCACCGGGAAGGCGGCGGAGGAGCCGCCCGCCAUGGAGCCCAACAGCCCCCGCAAGAUCCAGUUCACGGUGCCGCUCCUCGAGCCGCACCUCGACCCCGAGGCGGCGGAGCAGAUCCGCAGGCGCCGACCGACGCCGGCCAACCUGGUGCUGAGCAGCGACCAAUCGUCCCCAGAGAUCGAUGAGGACCGGCUCCCCAACCCCCUGCUGAAGUCGGGUCUGGCCAUGUCCCCCAGGCAGAGGAAGAAGGUGUCCCGCACCACCCCCACCAUGAAAGAGCUGCAGAUGAUGGUGGAGCACCACCUGUGCAAGCAGGCGCAGGGGGAGGAGGAGGAGGAGGAAGCAGCCGCCACCGCCGCCAGCCAGGAGCACGGCCCCGGGUGCUGCCACCACGGUGACAGCGUGACACACGAGCACAGCCACAGCCCCGGGGGCGCCCGUUAUCCAAAGGUAAUUCCCACGCUGAAAUAUUUUCCCGUGGUGUUUUCCACACCCAGCAUCAUCCCAGCGGGUACCGUGCCCCGUUCCCACAGGGAUUCUGAGCAAAAUGCACCCACGAUGUGGCCACGGGUGGGUGUUUGCACAACAGCAUCACGAGGGCCAGGCAUCGGGUCCCUCCACGCUCACCCUUUCAGGGGACUUUUGGCCUUGCCCAAGGGAUUUGCCCAGCAUCCUGCAUACCAGGGGGGGCUCUGA